UCUGGAGUUUCGUUUCUCGCACCCAACCUUCACAGUGUGACAAACUGCAAGGAUUAUUAUAGGUCAAUAGACUUUUUAUCCUUAUUACUGAAGACUGGUUUUGCCUUUGAAGGUGAAAGUUGUUUCCCAAGGUCGUCACCUUGAUACUGUUUUAACAUGGGUGUGAAUUUAUAAAAUUUCAAGACUUCGAACUCCUAAUUCUACGGAGGGCAGCAGAAGAUGUUGAGAUGCAUAUAUUCCAUAUCUGUUUGUUUUUAGGUAAUAUAGGUAAUCGUUAAUUUCGACCAACCUUAUUUGGCAAUCACAGCGCUUUUAAUAAAUGUGGGUGACCAAAUAGAUUUGAUGACCUUCGAUAGCCCAAAUUUAUCUGAAUAUAAUGAAGUCGGCUCAAGAAAUAUCAUCUCAUGUGAAUUAUUCUCGAGUAAUUUGACUACAUCCCUUGAAAAAUGUUCGCAACCACUCUAUAUUCAUGGUUUUGAUCGGUUCACCGGUAAUAAAUUUGGUCAGUUUUAUGAAAACCUCUUUUGUGUUACGGGAUAUAGUCUACAAGUAGAUAACCUCAAGUUUAUCAGCGAAGCUUCCAAGAAUGAUGUCUAUGGGUUGUUCUUUCUUUCAAAAAAUAAAUUAAAAGGUUAUGUAAACAUUUCAUCUUCAGAAAUAUAUCCAUCAGGUUGUACUAUUCUCAUCGAGUCGAUAAAUCAAGAAUUAAGACAAAACGAAAAUAAUCCAAAUUAUUCUACCACUAUAUGCCAUCUAUCCGGUGCCACAUACAACUCCACUAUUUUCCUCUUAAAUGUUACGAUUUUAGAAAACGAUACUGAAACAUUUUCAAAUGUUCAAGGAUGGAAUCAAAUUUUACCAAGUGGGAAGAUUUCAAAAUUUCAUUCUUCCAAUAAUUCUAUUAAUUCAACAUCAUCCACCAAUGUUCAAAUAUUUAAUUCAUAUUAUCGUAGCAACAACAUAGCUAGACGAGUGAAACGCUCCUCUAUAUCAAUGACAAAUACUUCGAUUUUGGAUACAGUACAUGUUUUCCAUCGUCCCGAUGAAUCGCAAACAUAUGUAGUGGAGUUGUUUAUGGUUGUGGACGAAACUAUGGCUGCAGAAUUUCGUGGACGAUAUCAUCAAUUGGUUUCUCGUAUUAAUAUGAUUAUUGCACUUGUAAAUGAGUUGUUUGCUCCAUUCAACAUUGUAAUAGUUAUUGUUCGUUUAGAAAUUUGGGAACAGGAUCGUGUUAGUUUAAAAGUUGAAGAACAUCAUCUACUCACUGCAUUAGCUCAAUUUAAACGAAUGCAUGCUAAUGUACGUCAUGAUUGUUUACAUGCUCUAUUAGGUACAAAAGAACAAGGUUCACGAACACGUGGAAAAGCUAAUCACAUGACCAUGUGUAUCUAUUCGCGUUGCGUUGGAUACAGUAGAGUAUCACCAACAUUUGAUAUUAUCGAAACAGCUCGUACUAUCGCACAUGAACUUGGACAUAAUUUCGGCUUAAGACAUGAUACUGAAGAAUGUGAAUGUCAAGGUUGUAUUAUGGCUACUGGUGUAGAAUUUGGCACAACAGUUAUGAAAUGGUCACCAUGUUCUAAAAGAGAUCUACCAGGUCUAUUAAAACAUGGAAUGGGUGUUUGUUUGAAUGAUUUGCCUGCUAGUGGGAGUGUAACAGUUAAUUCUUUCGUACCAAACUCUAAAACGUCUACACAUAAAAAGAAUAACAAUGAUAAUAAUAAUAGUAUCCCAAGUGUUGUACAUAUUUAUGAUUGGCAAAGUGAAGCGAAACGAAUUCCAGUUAGUCGUGUAUUAACUAUAAGACAACAUCAUUCUGUCUCAUCUGUUGAGAAAUAUUCAAAUGGAUUAUGUGGAAAUGGAGUGUUGGAUCCUGGUGAAGAAUGUGAUUGUGGUACACAAACUUCAUGUCCAAAAAAGUGGCAAGCCUGUUGUGAUCCAGUACGUUGUCGAUUACGUGGUAAUUCCCAGUGCGCUGGUGGUCCAUGUUGUGAUAUUAUUAAGAAAGAUUCCCUGGAAAAUUUAAAUCAAUCGGCAUCUUUUUAUUGCAAAUUAAAAUCUUCUGGAACUAUCUGUCGUAAUGAAUCUGGUACUUGUGAUUUACCGGAAUAUUGUGAUGGUCGUAGUCAAUGGUGCCCAGCCGACGUAUACAAAAUUGAUGGUCAAUUAUGUUAUACCGAUGAAGGUCGUCGUGCCCAUUGUAUUCGUGGUGGUUGUCGUGAAGCAGAUGGUUGGUGUCGUGUAUUAUGGGGUAAAACUGCCAGACUUGCUGAUAAACAUUGCUUUUAUGAAAAUGAAGUAAAGAGUAGAAAGUCUAAUGUCGAUUCUGUAGCAAAUUGUGGCGUACACCGACCAUUAUCUAAAAAUCGAUGGGAAGAUGUAAAAACAUGGACAGGAAUAGCUUGUGAAACAUGGCAUGAUACAUCCUGUGGACGAUUAUGGUGUCAUCAUCAAAAUGAAAAAGCUAUGCUUCUUGGUUGGAUUCAGUCACAAACACGUGUUAUUCACUCAUCUGGUCGAUCAUGUUCUGCACUAGUUUAUGAUCCAGUUUGGCCAGCUUCAGAUCCCGCCACUUGGGACGUGAAUAACUUAGUUCAAAUUAAUGCGAAUGGUGCAGGUGUUGGACUUUAUUCAGCAAAUACCCAAGAUGCUGGCAUGGUUCCUGAUGGGACACCUUGUUCUCGAGGCUUUUGUUAUAAUGGUUCUUGUAAAUCAGUCGAUAUUGUUCGUCCUCUGUAUUCGUGCUAUUGCAAUGGUCAUGGCAUUUGUAAUAAUUUAGGACAUUGUCAUUGUUCACCCGGCUAUAAACCACCUUACUGUGAAGAAGACGGAAAUGGUGGCAGCGUAGACAGUGGACCACCUCCAAUAAGUAGGAUCAGGGAUAAUACAUUACUUGUUGUAAUAUGCAUCCUUUUCUUUGUGAUUUUACCUCUUAUUGGAUUUGGAGUAUAUUAUCUAUUUAUACGUUCUGGUAGAUGUUUAUUGAGUACAUCAAAGGAGUUUAUUUAUACAAGUAGUGGUUUACGUAAACCAUUUGAUAAAAAUUGUACAGAAUGCUUUUGCCAACUAUUCAGUUCCCUAGCAUCUUUCACAGAACUAUUCACAAGAUCUAUUCGUACAACAGUAAUCGAUGGUAGUAGUACAGUCAUUGUAUCAAACAUGACAAAGUCAAAAAUUCAAAACAAAGUGAUAGACUCGAAAAACCGUACCCCUUACUUGCAUUCGCAGCCGCCGAUUCAAAAGUCUCACAGAAUAAAGAAUUCAUCAACGGUCAAACCAAUGGUUACUGCAAUAUCACAUCCAACGGUAAACUAUCAAACGGUUCUUACAGACCAGUUAAACCAAAAACAGUCAGCUUUGAACCAGUGCCCUCGAAGAGAACAACUUCCAACUUCAGUGGAGUCAAAACAACUUGCUCACAAAACACCUUGUUCACUAGUUCAUCAACAGAAAAUAGCACGAAGUCAGAAAACAAAUGUCAGCGAACAGAUAAAAAGGGCAUCAUCAAAGAAGAUAGUAAAGUAACGAUUCCAACUAGUCACCUGAAGUAUGAUGAAUUCGGUAGUCAAUGUCUCUCCACUGCUUUUGAACAUCACCAACAACAUUUACAAUCGAACAAUACAUCCAUAAAACCAACUACAUUCAUUUCAGAACCACGUCUUGAAACAAUGACUUAUGAAGGACCGAUGUGUUCUUUAAAUGAUCCAGUUAUGAUUAACACAUUACAACGUAAAUCUAAAAACACACUUGAUAAUCAAUCAAAAUCUGCUAUACUUAAUAACUCUCAGUCAUCUAUUAAUAAACAAAGUUGUCAACAAAAAACAAUCACUAAUCAACACAAUACAACACAACCACUAACAACAACAAUUGUAACAGGUGGACGUAAACCACUUUCAUCAAAAGAUAUAUCUGAGCCAUUAUUACAAGCAACUACAUAUAACGAAAGUUUAUCAGAUUUAAAAACAGCUAGACUGAGAUUAUCACAGAAAGAAUUUGAUCUUUGAAUAUUAUUUUGUUAGUAGUCUAUCCGUUGGUAGGUUUCUCACAUUUAUUGUUUAUAAUUCUGAUAUAUUUCCAUGAAAUAUUGUUCUCUUGCAAUUCAUUCCAAUAAAAUAUGAAUAUAUUCAUAAUAAGGGAAAUAUCCACUAUAAGAAUUAAACAUUCACAUGGUAAUAAAUACACCAAUAUAGCUAUUAUUUUCAAUGAAUGUGAUAAUCUAGUCGUGUUACUUUUUUCGUGGUUUUGUUGUAUCUUUUUUUUCCUUUAUUCAAUUUGGAUUGUAUUUAUUUAAAUAGUAAUAAGUCAUUUAUUAAUAUGAAUACAUGAACUCGCUUGAACCUCUCGACAAGUUGACGUAUAGUUGAAUAUUCCAGGCUGAAUUCAACUCAGGCUGAUAGAGAUUAUUAUGUACGUGAUUUUGUUUUUAUGAAAAAUGAUUUCUUCAUUAUUGUGUAUUUGUUGAUGUGAUGAAUUUCGCUUUCUUAUUCCUAUUCCUAUAUAACACAAUUCGAUUGUAUACAACAAAUUGUUCUACUUCUCUUCCAAUCAACAUUCAUUUUAAUAGUACUAUUGAAAAAAUUCAUCCUUACAAGUGUUGAGCUAUCAUAUACAUAAUAGCAGUUGUAUCGUUCUGGUGUGAAAUAACCUUUAUGUUCUUUUUAAAAUCCACUUUACUGAUAGAACUAGUGGAUGCAACAAUCAAUUGGUUAUGAGUGAUAUAGAAAUUGAUAUGGUUGCUUAUGUAUGUCAUAAUUGUUUUUAUCUAAGGACUUUCCGCUUUUAUAGAUGACUACUAUUGAAUUCUUAUUUAAUUUUAAUGUCAAAUUUAAUGAUCUGUGACAUGCUACAUACAAAAAUUAUUAAAAAUUUCGAUAAAAAUUUUUGCUUUCCCACUUUUCAAAUAUUCCCUAAUCGCCUUUUUUGUUACAAAAAUAUUUAUUAUCAUGUAUUUAAUAAAAGUAAUUACAAGCAAUCCAAUGAGUUAUUACAUGUGUAUUGAAUGAAAUGGUAGAAGUUAUCAGUCAACAAUCAUUAUAUAACAUAUAACUAGUGAUGUAAUCAAGUUCAACUACCACAUUUGUUUAUUUAUUCUUCUCAGUUAUGAUGAUGUAUAUUUCAUGCUCAGGUCUCGUUUAGUAAUCUUAUAUUUGUGUGUAAGCAGAAUUAUUUUACCUCCUUAGCUGCCUUUAAAACGCCGGACUAACGAUAUAUAUUAGGAUAAAGGUUUGUGGAGAUCGUAGUCAUUUAAUAGUUGAAUUCCUGAGUCCAUUAAAGCUAGACCACCAUGGAAA